GCCGCCCACCCUUUCCCGCAGGCCAUGCUGCGGCGCCGGGUCCGACCUUUCCCUCAGCGCGGCGGGGCCAUGUGAAGAGCCGGCUGACACCUCCCUCAGAAAUGGAGGCGAACAACCAUUUUAAUUUCACUGGCCUUCCCUCUUCACCUGCUGCCUCAGGACAGAAACCUGCGCCUUCCUCAGGGGACAAUGUCUACACAAAUGGAUCUCCCAUGAACUUCCCUCAGCAAGGGAAAAGUUUGAAUGGAGAUAUGAAUGUUAAUGGCUUAUCUACUGUAUCUCAUGCUAGUACUUCAGGGACCCGCUCCUCAACCAACUCACACCUCCAACACCCCUAUGACUAUCUCUGGAACUAUUCUCAGUACCCAUCUGGCAAUGGCAACAACCUCAAGGACAGCCCACUGUUCUCCCAGUAUCCACCGAAUGGUAUUGCUGGAGGCAAUCGGCAAGGCUCACCUGGGCACACCACCAAUCUGAGGGGAAGUGGCAGUGGGCAAGAGUUCUGGGCAAACGGCACUCCAGGGACCAUGGGACUUAACUUUGAUUCAACAGAGCUCUAUGACUCUUUCCCUGAUGAUCAGAAUUUUGAAAUCCUGCAAAAUGGCCCAUCCAGCUUCUACACAUCAUCUCAACCUUCCCCUAUGCUUGGCUCUGGCAGUCAGGACUUCUCACCACAGCAGGAUGAACCAGGCAAUGAGGAGCCAGUGAAGGAAACAACCUCGGCAGUCUCAGAAAAUGGCACCAGAUUGAUUGGCAGCAUGGAGCUGGAAAACACACAGCCAGAGUUGAAAAUAUGUGGCUACAGUGGUCCUUCUCCUGUUGGUGAGCCUCUUAGCCAGGAAGCUUCUGUCUUGGAACCUGAUGCUGGAGGUGGUUGUCUGGAAGAUGCGUCUCGGAUUCCUCCCCCAAUGGAGGACCCCUUGGAACCAUUCGAAUCACUGGACAGAGACCCAGGGACAGGAGAUCUUUAUGAAAUGGAUACAUCCGAGCUGGUGAGUGGCAAAUCUCCUCUGGAGGACCCUCCUGACAUCUCUGCCCUGGAUUCUCCUGGCAGCCCCUCUCUCAACCCUUCCGACUCAUUCAGUCUAUUGGCGGAUGACAGCCAGCCUGACACCUCACUUUUUGGAAAUGCCAGUUUGGCGCCUGUUCUUGAAGAGUCUGUUUUACAAGACAGCAGCCUGGAGUUAACAGCUGUGAGUGAAGUAGGACAAGAGGGCACAGAAUUUCUGGAUUCACAAGCACCACUUGAACCAGAAUCUCUAGAUACCCCCUUGGAAGAGGUAACCAAGAGCAGUUGCCCAGAAGACUCCACAUCCAUGAUAGAGGGGGACAGUAAAGAGGCCUCAACAUUCAGUGUAUCAGCAAAAAGUGAUGUUCCAAGAAGGCGGAUAGCCACAGCAGAAGAGGUGCGGUACCCCUUAAAGCAUGGGUGGCGAAGGGAGGUGUAUAUCAAGAAGGGAAGCAGCCGUUGGCAGGGAGAAACCUGGUACUAUGGGCCCUGUGGCAAGAGGAUGAAGCAGUUUCCGGAGGUGAUAAAGUAUCUGAGCAGAAACAUUGUGCAGAAUGUCUGUCGUGAACACUUCAGCUUCAGUCCUCGAAUGCCAGUAGGAGACUUCUUUGAAGAGCGAGAUACACCCCAGGGCCUGCAGUGGGUGCAGCUGACGCCUGAGGAAAUUCCUUCCCGGAUCCAGGCCAUCACAGGCAAACGUGGCCGACCCCGCAAUACUGAGAAAGCCAAGGCCAAGGAAAUGCCCAAGGUGAAACGUGGCCGUGGCCGUCCUCCCAAAGUGAAAGUGCCUGACCUGUUGAGCAAGAUGGAUGCCAGGGUUCUGAAAAGACUGGAAGCCCAAGAGGUACUCAGUGAUGAAGAUAAGCUGAAGAUGAGCAAGAUCAAAAAGAAAAUGAGGCAAAAGGUGCAAAAUAAGCAGAGGCAAGAGGCCAAGGCACUCAAGCCCAAAGAGGUCAAGGCCAAGGAAGUAAAGAAGAAGCCGAAGGUAAAGAAGGAAAAGAACAAGCCAGAAAAGAAUAAGCCAGAGAAGCUGAAGGAGAAGGCAAAGCUGAAAGAAAAAGUGAAGCCCAAGGAAAAAAAGCUGCCAGUACCAGCAGCCAAGGUUCCCCGAAAGGUGGAUAAGAAUCUUCUAGCUCGGCGUCAGGAAGAACGACAGCGGCAGCAAAUGAUUCUGGAGGAAAUGAAGAAGCCCACCGAAGAUAUGUGUCUAGGGGACCACCAGCCUCUUCCAGAAUUUUCUCGCAUCCCUGGAUUGGUUUUGCCCAGCCAUGCUUUCUCAGACUGCUUAGCCAUUGUGGAAUUCCUACACAACUAUGGCAAGGUGCUGGGCUUUGAUGUAGCCAGGGAGGUUCCCAGUCUGAGUACCCUGCAAGAGGGCCUCUUCAAUGUAGGCGAUAGUUUGGGUGAAGUGUUAGACCUCCUGGUGAAGCUGGUGAAGGCUGCACUGUAUGAUCCUGGCCUGCCUCCCUUCUGCCAGUCGCUGAAGAUCCUUGGCGAGAAACUCUCUGAGAUAAGCCUGAACCGUGACACUGUGUCUGAGAUCCUUCGCUGCUUCCUCAUAGCCUAUGGGGCAGAUGAGAACCUAUGUGACUGCUUGCGCACUAAACCCUUCCAGGCACUAGCCCCUGACAAAAAGGCUGCUGUGCUGGCCUUCCUCGUCAAUGAACUUAACAGCAGUGCCCUUAUCAUCAAUGAAAUUGACAAGACCCUAGAGAACAUGUCUAACCACAGGAGAAAUAAAUGGAUCAUUGAAGGAAAGCUGCGCAGGUUAAAGAUUGCUCUAGCCAAGAAGACAGGACGCCCCGAGUCAGAAAUCACAGGCUUGGAGGAAGGGCGGUGGCGGCGGAGCUCACGCAUCAAUGAAGAGAAUGAGGACAUGGAAAUGGAGGAGGAGAGAAGCAGAGCAUGCAGGACUCGGAAAGACAAUGAGCAUGACACUCCGGUUUCCAGUGUGCCUGAGCUGGAGAGACAAAUUGAAAAGCUUUCCAAGCGCCAGAUGUUCUUCCGCAAGAAGUUGCUCCAUGCUUCACAGCUGCUACGGGCUUCAUCCCUGGGGCAGGAUCGAUAUCGACGUCGGUAUUGGGUGCUGCCUCACCUAGGUGGGGUCUUCGUAGAAGGCUGUGAGGUUUCAGCAGCUUCCCCUGAGACACCCAAGAACAUGCCAGAGAAGGAAGAGGCCCUGAAGGAGGAAGAACCUGAGGCAUUGCCCAUCAAACAAGAGACCACUGAGACUCCACCGGUUACUGAUUACGUAAACGGCACAACUUCUUGGUCAUGGAGCCGGCCGUGGAGGGACAAUAUGCUGCUGCCUGAGUCGUCGGAGCCCAAGUUGCCAGAGCCCGCCCCCAUGUCUGUCAAUGGAUUUUUGGAGGAUUGUGUGCCCAUGGGCCAAUCCCAGCAUGACCUCAGCCAGUCGGCCUUCCUGUCCUGGCUCAGCCAGACACAGCAGGCAUCCUCGCUGCUCAACAGUUCUGUGCUUACCCCAGACAGCAGCCCUGGCAAAGGGGACCCCUUACCCCCAGAUGAGCUGCCAGACUCUGCCGCAGAGGAUGAAAGUGCCACAGAAACACAGGUUGCCUGGUUCAAUAUACUGCCCCGGCCACCCUGUAAUGACUCUCCAAUUACUACCUCCGUUGAACAACCCUCUAUAAAAGCUGCCCCCCAUACCUGCAAGCCCCCGACCAGGGACCAGUCAAAGGCCUCGACCCGGCAGCUGAAUGGCCUUUCCACCGCCAGCCCAGCAUUGCCACAGCUGGCCUCCACCCCUCUCCAUUCCAGCUCCAGGAUUCACAGUACUUGCUCCUCAAGAGCCAAGGACGUCCCCGUUAAAGCCCAGGAACCUCUAGGGCAGCCGAGACGUCGAGGGCGCCCCCCUACAAAACUCUUCAAGCAAAUUGAGCAGAAAUAUUUGACACAGUUGACAGCACAGCCUAUACCUCCAGAGAUGCAGAGUGGCUGGUGGUGGCUGCAGGAUCCAGAAGAGCUGGAAGCCGUGGUGCAGGUACUGCACCCACGAGGGAUCCGCGAGAAAGCCCUGCACAAGCACCUUAUCAAGCACAAGGAGUACCUACGGGAGGUGUGUGCCCGAGCUGCCAAUGAUCCCAUCUUCCAGACCCAUCCUGAGGAUUCCUCCCACCCUGUCUCUCAGGAAACCUUGGCCCAGUGGUCGAUGGCUGAGCGGGCCUUUGAGGCAGACCUGUCUGUUCUGCAGUGGGUGGAGGAGCUGGAGCAGCGGGUACUCAUGGCUGAUCUGCAGAUCCGAGGCUGGACAAGUCCAGAACCUGAUUCUGUUCGGAAUGACUUGCAGUACUGUGAGCAUCAGCUGGAGCUUCUAGAAGACAUCACCAUAAAAAACCGGCGUGAAGGACCAGCUAUGAAGCGUGAAACCACCAACCCUUUAGACCUAGCUGUGCUUCGCCUGACAGAGCUAGAGCAAAACUUGGAGCGGAGAUACCUCAGAGAGCCCCUCUGGCCUCCUCACGAGGUGGUGGUAGAAAAAGCUUUGCUGAGUAACCCCAGUAACCUUGAGCUGGGUACCACAGAAAUUUCAUACGAGAUCACACCGCGGAUGCGAACGUGGCGCCAGACCUUGGAGAGAUGCCAUAGUGCAGCCCAAGUUUCUCUGUGCAUCUACCAGCUGGAGCGUUCUGUUGCCUGGGAGAAGUCCGUUGUCAGAGCGACUUGCCUAGUGUGCCGGAAAGGGGAUGAUGAUGAGAACCUGCUGCUAUGCGAUAGCUGCGAUCGUGGCUGCCACCUCUACUGCCACCGGCCCAAGAUGACCGAGGUGCCGGCCGGUGACUGGUUCUGCUCCCUCUGCAUCGCUCAGAUGCAAAGAGAAUACCAGGAUGACUAUGGCUCUCCACGACGCGGCAAGAAAAGAAAAGGUGGAAGUUCUGGGGCUUUUUUUGGAAAGGAGGAGCUCAGGCCCCGAUCUCGGUCCGCAGCAAACCAGCAGCGCAGUAACCUGGCCAACGUACCGCCCCGAUACUCGGGUGAAGGCCUGUCUCCUUCCAAGCGAAGAAGAGUGUCUACACGAGGCCAGAGUGCCGACCUCACCUUCUGCGAGAUCAUCCUGAUGGAGAUGGAAUCACAUGAAGCUGCCUGGCCUUUCUUGGAACCAGUUAACCCCCGGCUAGUGCCUGGCUAUCGGAAAAUCAUCAAAAACCCUAUGGACUUCGCCACCAUGAGGGCACGGCUGCUGCGCGGCGGGUACACAAGUUGUGAGGAGUUUGCUGCUGAUGCUGCCCUGGUGUUCGACAACUGCCGGACCUUUAAUGAGGAUGAGUCCGAGGUGGGCAAGGCAGGGCUGACCAUGCGCCAGUUUUUUGAGAGCCGGUGGGAGGAGUUUUAUCAGGGAAAACAGGAGACAAACCCAUGAAGCCGGCAGAAUGGGGAGAGAUGAGAGGAGCCAAAGGCGAAGCCCUCCCAUUUCAAAACCCUGUGCUGCACACUGUCUCUUUUGGAGCUCCAUCUUGCUACCUGCUGAUUAACGUUUCCCCCUCUCACAAUGAUUGGACUUGGAUUGGCAUUUAACGAUGGGGCGGCUUCACUCGCCGCCUGGAUCCUCAGAAGCCCCCCCCCCUCACUUCUUCGCUCUAAACAACACAAACUCUCUGAACUGUGUAAGCCAAAAAAGAAAAAAAAAGUUUCCUUUUUUUCAAAUGGAGAAACAACCACCCACAACCCCAGCUUAGCUGGGGCUAUUUAAUAAUAGCAAUAGUUCUUAGUGAAUGUGUAAGAACACUUUUUUCUGUGCAGUGUCAGUACCAUGCAUUAAUGGCCAGUAACGUGAACGUUAAGUUUUUCUCCUUUUUAGAGUCGCGUUGAAAAUGUAUAAAGCAGAUCACUCCUGCCUCUGGGAAUGACAACCUUGAUGACACUGAAACAUGCUGCUUCUACCCCCCACCCCCACCCCUUUGCCCUUUCCAACUCUGUCUCAACCGGCCUCUUCUCCCCACCACUGCUGAACAACCACUGUAGCCGUGGACGGUUCCUUCCCCCAGUUUCCAAUGAUCUUUCUGAAACCAAGGGUAUAUGGCUUAGAGCUGGUGUUCAUCUGGAGGAGUUAGGAUGUCGAGGUACUUCUGCCCAUGUGAAUGCAAGAUGUACUCCCAUCUCAAGGGUCUCACCCCUGUGAGCCACAUUCUCUUGGUUCAACUAAGAUGGGCUGCUUCCAGAGGGGUGGUCAUAGCUUGAGCUCUUCAUAUGAAAUUGGGAUCUUGCAUUCCUAUAUUUGGUUAAUCUACAUCACCCCCCCCCCUCUGCUCAAUAUUGGUUUAUUCCAGAUUUAGUUUCUAAGGGAGUUGAACAAAAUGGGAAUAAUCCAGAACGAGUGUGUACCAAGAAGACAGUAUCAACCAGAUAAUCCCCCCUCAUGCAAACCACAGUUUAGCUGGAUGAACCUUCCUGCUAGCCUCUUCCCCACCCCUGAUUCCACAGGGAACACUUCAGCAGGGGCAGCUCAUGAGUCCAUUGCGGUGCCCAAGUCUCAGCUGCAAGAAUACAGCUCAUUUCCCCCUCUUAGUUGUGGGUAACAUUGCUGGAUUGUAUCACUAGGCUUCAAGGGACCAAAGUAAAGGAGCUUGCAGGAGUGGGGUUGAUGUAACCUGCGUUUUGGGAGGAAGGAUUUUCUGAUGCCCCCUUCCAGCUCUUCAGAAGAUCAUGUCAUGGGAUUCUGGCCUUAUUGAGUGUUGUCCCCACCCUGUCCCCCGCCCCCCAACUCUGCCCCAGCGUUAUUCCUCAGGGAUGGCUACUGUCUACAAAGUUUGAUCUGCAAUCUAUCUGUACGUUUGGUAGGAUUGUUGUUUCCUGCCUCGGAACACCAUUCCCAAACUGUCGUAGGUAUUUCCUCCUUGAGACAAGAUGUGGGAUUAAGCCCAUUAGAAGGGAGGGAAAACUGCCACCAUUUCAUCUUCCUCCAUGUUAGGUUCCUGUCUCCUGACCAUAUUUUUAACCUGUGGGGUCUAAAUCGUGCUGCCUCCUUUGGUUACCUUGACUGAGAUUCAAUCUAGAAGGGCAGCUUUGGACAUUACAUGCAAGUGAAGGGAGAGUAGUCACUUGUGUGUCUUCUUGAGGUGCAUGGCGCUGUGUAGGGCACAUGCUAGAAGCAUGAAAGGACGAAGCUCAUCCUUCCACCAACUAUGGCCUUGCAGGAUGUCCACAGCUGCCCUCAAUCUAAAGAUCUGGAAUUCAUAGGUAUUUACUUUCAGCUUUUGUCUACAUUUUCUAUAUAGUAUUUUACCUUAGAUCGCCACUCAUACAUACCCCAUGUGAACAUUCUUAACAUUUUAGCCUUUUUUCUAAACCCUUUUCCAACUGGAUUUUGAUGGUUUUCAGAGGAGAAAUAAUCGCGGUUCCAUUCGUCGUUAUUUUUGCCACGUGGGCAAGAGUAGCCUCUUUCAAUGAACUACCAUUAACUCCCGUGCCAGAACCACCAAAACCAGAAUUUGUUUUGAAGCUGCCUGAGCAGGUAUAGAGCGGUCUGUAGAGGGUCCGACCCCCAGGCCCUGUUCCAUUGAAGCAAUGGAUUGCUCCAGCUUUGGGGAAUGAUUUAAGAACCCGCACAGUCCACCGAGAACAGCUCUUGCACAAGCUCCCAUGGAGAUGAAUGUCCAGGUGUUGGAUUCUUUGCUAUCCCACCUAUAUUAAAGCAUGAGAAGGAGCCUGAUGCGAAUAAGCAGUUGUGAUACUUUCUGUAUUUGGGUUUCUGGUGCUAAGCGCUUGGCAGAUUCAAAUAUUUGUGGCUGAAGCCAGGUGAUCCUUGCCGCUCGCACUUGGUGCAAGAGGGAAUGCGGUUUUAACAAAGUCUUUAAAAAUACAUGUUUAGGUCUCUAGCCUUUUUAAAAAGAAAAAUACCCCAAACAGUCCACAAGGCAGUUGUUAACAAGCAUAAUUGGUCAUCUCGUUUCUUGCAAUUCAGCAACUCUCCAUCAGUCACCCCCCUCAUGGUGCACGGAUGCCUACUAGCAAUCUGUAUUCAAAGUAAUAACCUGGUUCCAAAGCACCAGCCUCACACUGUUGCUGAGCAAUGGUUUCUAAGGAGACUGCUGUCUGGGAAACAGAUUCACCCGACCCUUAUUGUAUUCAGGAGUCAUAGGCUUACAUCCUAGUCCACCCCAGCUGCCUCUGUCCUGGAACAGGGGCGUUGCUGCCGUUGGUUUUUCUCCAGUCUGUUUCAGGAUGCUGUAUUCUUGGCCGUGGUGCAGAUGCAUAGGAGGCAUAUAGGAGAGAUAAAAGAGGAAACGACUUGUUUCUUUCACUUUUCUUCCACCACCCAGGUGGAUCGGAGUGGUAGGAAGGCCAUCUCCUGUAACCUUAACUCCCUAGCUGCUUUUCAUACCCAGCCUAGCUCCUCAAACCAUUGUAAAUUACGGGUAUCACUUAGGGGCAGAUAAACGGCUGGCAGGGUCCCAUCAGGAGAUGGCUUUCCUCCCGCAUUUCCACCUGUGCUACAAUUGAAUGAGGGGUGUGUGUGUGUGUGUUUGUGUUUCCCCCCUCCCCGCGUCGACCAAUCCAGUUGCAAGAGCACUGAUGUAAGUAAAAUGCAGCCACAGGUGAUGUAGCCUGGAGACUGAAACCUCCCUUACUGUGCUUCCUCUACCCCAACCUCACUCCCCACCCCCAGUUGUUUUCAACAAAACGUAGCCUUUUUCUAUCAAAUAACCUCAAACUUUAUUUUAUUUUAAAUUUUGGGGUUUUUGUUUUGUUUUGUUUUUGCUUUUAAAAUAAAGAGGUAGAUUUGAAGUCUAUUUGAAACUGACUUUAUAUUAUGCAUAAAUAUUUAUAUUUUAUCUAAACUUGUGCUGUAACAGCUUCUUUUUGGUGGGUUUUUUUUUUAAAGUAAUGUUUCCCCCCCCCCCCGAUCUGUUGGGAUUUUUUUCUCAGCUAUGAGAAAGUUUGGAAGUGUUAAUUGUUGGGCUUUUGUUUUGUUUUGUUAUGGAAAUGUUAAAAUUUUUAGAUUCAAACCCUCACACCUUAAAAGAAUGAAUCCAGGUUUGUCCUAAUCUUGAUCUUCAUUAGGGGAGUCAGUGUAUAAAAUACCUUGUUGUUUUUUGAAAGUUACAUGCAUUUUUCCCCCCAACUGGAUUUUGAGAAUUGCAACUAGAAUAAUUGGCCUUAUCAUCCAACUACUGGCUUUUUCUUCCCCCUUCAUCUUGAUUUGAUAUCAGAAAGGAACCAACCAACCCAACAUCCUGUGAGAUGCUCUGAACAGCAGGAAGAGGGGCAUCACACUUUUUAUAUGAAUAACCAAAUGUGUUUGUUUUAGUGAAUUUUUGAUAAUGUACAGUUUUUUGUGAAUUUAAAUUGAUUUCUUUCUAUAUUUUUAGGACCAACCUCAUUUUUAAUAAGGUUUAAAAGGAAGAAAAAAAAUCUAGAAUUCCUGUUUGUUUCCUUGUGAUGUUUCCACAAGUACAGAUGUUAGAGUGCUUGUCAAGUUUCAAAGAAUAAACAAAAAAACAACCCACGUUUGAUAGAGAAGAA